AUGUUAGUACAUAUGAUUAAUAAACAGUUAAAUCGUGAAGAAGACCAAGUAGAAGAAACAGCACCAUCGGUAGCCAGUGAAGCAAUAGGACGUGCUCUCUCUGACAAUGAACCGGGACGAAUGUUACAAUACACUUGCAAAGCCCCUGCAGCACCUGAAGGAUAUCAGAACAGAUUACGUGUGGUGUAUUCUCAAGCCAAAGUUCCAUCAACAGUCAAAAAUACAACCCGAUAUAUACCUCAGGGACCUGAUAGAAUACUUGAUGCUCCUGAUAUAUUAGAUGAUUAG